AAUAAUUGCUAACACGUCAUGCUGUAAUUCAAAUAAAAUCUUUUGAAAUUUAAUAUUAUCCUUAUAUACCAACAUUUUAGAGAUUUUAUCCCAAAAAGAAAAAUUUUAGAGAUAGAGGUUUUCCAGUAAAGGUAAUAAUAACUGGAGAUAGAGUUUUUACAAUGGAAUGUGCUGGCGAUUAUAUUCCUUAUUAAUACUAAAACAACCCCAAAAUAUGGAUUAAUAUAUGGCUUUAGCCCCCAAAAAAAGAAGUUAAAACUAAUAUAAAAAUUUAGGAGCCUUCUCUUUCCGAAACCAUUCACUUUUUCCUACUACAUUAACACUUUUGUGUAGAUAUUAUUCGUGUUACAUAGCAGAAAUGAUUCUUACACAAUCAAAACAAACCUAGCCACUACAAUGUCGAACCACGCGCAACAGCCUCCAAGACCUCUGAUGAAGCAACACUCGUGGUCACCGGACAUGAAUCGCGAAGAGGCUUGGCUGCGUAAGAAAAAGAAACGCCCACUGGAUCUCCUUCCUCGCAGCAAGAGUGUCACAAACGACGAUAUCGAGGAGCUUAAAGGCUGCUUCGAGCUUGGGUUUGGGUUUGAAACAGAAUCUCCUGAUUUGAAUCCAAGGCUCUCCCUUACAAUACCCGCUCUCGAUUUGUAUUGCGCGGUUCAUAGACAGUACAGCAACCAUUUGUCUAGAACGUCUUCAUUCGCGUCGGAACAUGAAGUCAGCAACUCCAACAGCACCACAACCAUCGUCGACAAAGGUGAUGACCGUAAGACGAUGAAGCAGAAGCUGAAACAAUGGGCUAAGGUGGUCGGGUUUUCGGUGCGGCACUCUUCCGGGAAACCCAAAUUGAUGUCAGAAGAAUGACAGUUUUGUAAUAUAAUGUUAACAAACACUAAAAUGUUUAAUAUAUGAAUGUUAGUGGAUAAGACACCGUCUUGUCAAAGUUUAUGUGAACCGAUUAAAAGAAAAAUUAUCGA